AUGGAGAAGAAGCGACGCGCGCGCAUCAACGUGUCGCUGGAGCAGCUCAAGUCGCUGCUAGAGAAGCACUAUUCGCACCAGAUCCGGAAACGCAAGUUGGAAAAGGCCGAUAUCCUGGAGUUGAGCGUCAAGUACAUGAAAACCCUCCAGAACUCGUUGCAAGGGCUCUGGCCGGUACCCAGUGGAGCCGAGUACCCGUCGGGCUUCCGCGGCUUCCUACCUGGCGUGAGCCAGCUCCUUCGGCGUGGAGAGGAGGGUGGCGGCGGCCUGCGCUGCCCCCUGCUGCCGGAACGCACGGGUGGCAGCACCUUGGACAGCGCCAGCCCUGGCCUGGAGGCACCAGCGCUGCGCGGCCCCUGCGCUCCGGCGGUCUGGGCUCCUGCUCCUGCCGCAGGCGGUCUGCGGUCCCCGCCACCCCGGCUUUUCUUCCCGGGAGAUCUCCCAGGCUCGUCCACCAGCGUCCCAGCGCUGCCGCCAGCAUCGCGCCGCGGUGCUGAGAGCCCAGGGCCAGAGCUGCGCGUGUGGCGGCCCUGGUGA